AGUCUCCGUUCUUCUCAUCUCAGGAUAGAAGUGAGGUUGUCGCAUGGUCUUGACUGUGAAUUACCGAAUUUCAUCAGCAAAUUUACCAGUAUGGCUGUCACCUUAAGUGUUUCGAAAAAUAAUGUAUCAAUUGGAGUCUUCCUCCUAUCUGAAUAUGUGAAACCUACGUUACCGGUUAAUUUGACAUGGGGAAAAGAUUUCUCCUUGAAAAUUAACAAUGACUUGAUAUUAACUUCACCAUCAAGCUGUUGCCGAUAUUUUGCUAGGUCUUCUGGAUCACUAAAUUUAUAUGGAAUUACACUUCUUGAGAGAACUGAGGUGGAUCACUGGAUUAGUUUUGCCAGUUGCCUACAAGGAAAUGACAAAGAUUUUGAAACCAUUGAAAAGGCAUUGCAUAUGGCAACAUACCUUGUUGGGGAAAAGAUAUCAGCAGCCGAUUUAGUCCUGUGGGGAUGUCUUUUUGGGUCUGAUCAAUGGCAGUCAAAAAAGCAACAUUCAGAUAACUAUGUGAAUAUCAAGAGAUGGUACAAGCUUGUUGAAAGUCAGCCACUUGUAAUGAAAGCCAUAAAGAGUCUUCCUGAUGAUGUUAGAGCCGGCAACCGUGCAUCCCCAAGCCAGGCGGCUACCACAUCAGGCCGAAAAGAAGAAGGAAAAUUUGUUGAUCUUCCAGGAGCUGAAGAGGGCAAAGUAGUCGUCCGUUUCCCUCCCGAAGCUAGCGGAUAUCUGCAUAUUGGACACGCAAAAGCCGCUUUACUCAAUCAGUACUAUCAACAGCUAUUUAAAGGAACAUUGAUUAUGCGAUUUGAUGAUACAAACCCUGCAAAAGAAAAUGCCGAAUUCGAAAAAGUAAUUCUGGAAGACUUGGAAAUGCUGCAGGUCAAAUACGAUAAAUUGACUCACACGUCGGACCACUUCGAUUUGAUCGAACGUUAUUGUGAGCAAAUGUUGAAGGAAGGAAAAGCAUACGUCGACGACACUGACCCUGAGAUUAUGAAACAAGAAAGAGAGCAAAAAACCGAUUCGAAAAACCGAGGAAACAGUGUCGAAAAGAAUUUUACCCUUUGGAAAGAGAUGAAAAGUGGCACGGAACUAGGUCAAAAGUGUUGCGUCCGAGCCAAGAUCGACAUGCAGUCAGUGAACGGUUGCAUGAGAGACCCCACAAUGUAUCGUUGCAAACCCGAACCCCAUGUCCGCACAGGCUACAAAUAUAAAGUUUAUCCGACAUACGACUUCGCCUGUCCAAUUGUCGACAGUAUCGAGGGUGUAACCCACGCGUUACGCACAACUGAAUAUCAUGAUCGCGAUGAUCAAUAUUAUUGGUUUAUUGAUGCUCUAAAAUUGCGUAAACCUUACAUAUGGGAAUAUGCCCGCUUAAGCAUGAUAAACACAGUCCUUUCGAAGCGCAAGCUGACAUGGUUCGUCCAGAACGGUCAUGUUGACGGCUGGGAUGAUCCUCGGUUCCCAACUGUAAGAGGUGUCCUUCGCCACGGCAUGACAGUCGAAGGCUUGAAACAGUUUAUCAUUGCGCAAGGAUCUUCUCGUUCAGUCGUUCAAAUGGAAUGGGACAAAAUUUGGUCAAUUAACAAGAAAAUCAUUGAUCCGGUUGCUCCUCGCUACACGGCGCUAGAACAAAACACGGCCAAAGUACAUGUCCGAGGAGUAAAGGAAACGUGUACAACUGCAGCGUUGCAUCCAAAGAACCCUGAUGUUGGAUCUAAGAACGUCUGGGUCAGUGACCAAAUAUUGAUUGAUUUGGUCGAUGUCGAAAGCCUCCGUGCCGGCGAAAAUGCCACGUUUAUCAAUUGGGGAAAUAUUCGUAUCACAAGCGUUAACAGAAACAAAGACGAGGUGUCCAUUGAAGCUGAGCCGAACCUAGAAGACAAGGAUUACAAGAAAACACCGAAAUUAACUUGGAUCGCUGUGACCGAAAAAGCUAAACCAAUCCCAUGCGUCUGUGUAUUUUUCGACCACAUUAUUUCAAAACCAGUACUUGCCAAGGAUGAAGAUUUCAAGCAGUACAUCAAUACAAACACUCGGACUGAGGUUGUCAUGUUGGGAGAUCCAGAACUUGCCAAGGUACGCAAGGGUGAUAUCAUCCAACUUCAAAGACGCGGUUUCUUCAUUUGUGAUUCUCCUUAUGAACCCAUCAGUGCUCAUAGCUGUCGCGAGGCUCCUAUCGUUCUAUUUGCCAUACCUGAUGGUUCGAAACCUGCGGAGGCAGCAAAAACUACCGUCGCAGCUCCUGCCAAAAAAGGACCUGUCAAAACAGAAGAUUCACCGAAAACCAAGACAGUUGAAAAAACAGCUGUUUCCAAAGAAAUUGACGUUUCAUUUCUUAAUGAGCAGCUAGGAAAACAGGGUGAAAAAGUUCGAGAGUUAAAAGCAAGCAAAGCUGAUAAGAGUCUAAUUGACAGUGCUGUCAAAGAACUGCUUAAAUUAAAAAGUGAUUUCAAGUUGGCUACUGGCAUGGACUGGAAGGCUGGUCUCACUGUACCAAAUUCAUCAGAACAGAAUGAUCAACCCAAAACUGAGAAGUUGGAUGUAAAUAAACUGGAUGCAGACAUUAAAGCAUGUGGGGAUAAAGUGAGAGACUUAAAAGCCAAGAAAGCUGACAAGGCUCAAAUUGAUGCAGCAGUGAAAGAAUUACUCUCCCUUAAAGCUGCUUUUAAAGCAAGUUUUGGUAUGGAAUGGGGCCCAAAUGUAGCAUCCUCUCUUCCGCAAGUUAAUGAUGCUAAACCUGAAUCCAGUGUGACAAAUGAAGAGUCACUUAGCUCUCAGAUCAAAGAGUGUGGAGAUAAAGUGAGAGAUUUGAAGGCCAAAAGAGCUGACAAGAGUGAAAUUGAUUCUGCCGUGAAAGCCCUGCUUAACUUAAAGGCAACAUACAAAGCUGCAUCCGGAAAAGAGUGGACUCCGCAGGCUGUGGCAAAGCCUGUAAAUGAAUCCACCCCUGUCGCGCCGGCCACGGUAUCUGCUUCUACAGGAAAAAAUGAAGAUAUUCUUGCUCAGAUUACAGAAUGUGGGAACAAAGUGAGGGAUCUAAAGGCAAAAAAAGCUGAAAAGAGUGAAAUCGACGCCGCCGUCAAAGAGCUUCUAAGCUUGAAGGCUGCAUAUAAAACAGCGACCGGACUGGAUUGGACCCCCACUGCCGCAGCAACGAAAGAAAACAAGCCUGCCGCAACCACUGCUGUUAAAAAAGAUUCUACUGAUAAGAAAACAGAAAAAAAAAAAGAAGCGAAGCCGAAGGAAAAGAAGGUCGAAGAAAAAAAAGUUGAAGAAACGACUAGUGGAUUGAAAAAACAGACCCGUCUGGGCUUGGAAUUUAAAAAAGACGAAAACCUUUCUGACUGGUAUUCGCAGGUUAUCACUAAAGCAGAAAUGAUCGAAUACUAUGAUGUUAGUGGCUGCUAUAUCCUACGUCCUUGGGCUUAUGCGAUUUGGGAAUCGAUCAAAGAUUUUUUCGAUUCCGAAAUUAAGAAACUUGGAGUUCAAAAUUGCUAUUUCCCCAUGUUCGUCUCUCACCAGGCCCUAGAGAAAGAAAAAACUCAUAUAGCAGACUUUGCUCCAGAAGUGGCAUGGGUUACGAAAUCUGGUAACAGUGAUCUCGCAGAACCGAUUGCUAUUAGACCCACAAGUGAGACAGUCAUGUAUCCAGCCUAUGCAAAGUGGAUUCAAUCUCACCGUGAUCUUCCACUGAAAUUGAACCAAUGGAAUAACGUCGUCCGUUGGGAGUUUAAACACCCACAACCUUUCCUACGCACGCGAGAAUUUUUAUGGCAAGAAGGGCAUACAGCUUUUGCAACAGCUAAGGAGGCCGAAGAAGAGGUUUUUCAGAUCCUAGAACUCUACAGUCAGGUUUACACACACCUGAUGGCCAUUCCUGUCAUCAAAGGACGAAAGACAGAGAAAGAAAAGUUUGCAGGAGGAGACUUUACCACCACCGUCGAAGCUUUUAUCUCGGCUAGCGGUAGAGCGAUUCAGGGUGCCACCUCGCAUCAUCUGGGCCAGAAUUUUUCAAAAAUGUUUGAAAUUGUGGUUGAAGAUCCAGAAACCAAAGAAAAAAAGCACAUUUACCAGAAUUCCUGGGGAAUCACCACUCGAACCAUUGGUGUAAUGGUUAUGGUCCACAGCGAUGACAAAGGAUUAGUCCUUCCACCGAACGUUGCCUCUGUUCAGGUUGUCAUUGUUCCUUGUGGGAUAAAUGUCAAUGUGACAGAAGAUGAAAAAAGCAAUUUAAUGGCAGCCUGUCAGGAAUACGAGAAGGUUCUCAAUGCCGCCGGAAUCCGUGUCAAAGGCGAUUACCGGGAUAAUUACAGUCCAGGAUGGAAGUUCAAUCAUUGGGAAUUAAAAGGAGUUCCUCUCAGACUGGAAAUCGGUCCUCGUGAUGUAAAGCAAGGCGAAUAUGUUGCUGUUCGCCGCGAUACUAGCCAAAAACUAAUUCAGUCCAAGGCUUCAGCAUGUGAAGAUAUUAAACAACUAUUGGAGGCGAUCCAGAAAGCCCUUCUCGACAAGGCCACCCAAGAAUUGGAAAGCCACACAGUUAUCGUCGAGAAUUUUAAGGACUUCAUUCCUGAACUUGACAAGAAAAACAUCAUUCUCUCACCGUUCUGUGGCGAAGGUUCUUGUGAAGAAAAGAUCAAGAAAGAAUCUACUCGUGAUGACGGCGCUGAACCAGGCGCACCGGCUAUGGGAGCAAAAAGUCUUUGCAUUCCUUUCCAGCAGCCAGCAGAAUUGAAUCCUAACGCGGCCUGCAUUUACCCUGGUUGUCCCAACAAACCCAAAUAUUACUGCCUGUUCGGUCGCAGUUAUUAACUUACCGUGGAAUUUCGGUCGAUAUCGUUCGAUCUGUUGGUUUAAGUUCGAUAAAUAAAUGGGUCCUUGAGGAGAC